UGCAGCGCUGGCACAGGAUGGGGAGGCGCUGCUGGCGGCGGCGCGCCCUGGCGGCCGCGUGUCUGAGCGCUGCGCUCCUGCUCCUGGGCGCCGCGACCCGCGCCCUACUCCCGGAAUCUGGAAACAAGGCCCUGGGCUCUGGCUGGCUUGGUGGGAAGAAGAGGAGUCCCCUGCAGAUGCUCUAUGACCUGGACCAGGACCUCCUCAGUCCUGCGUGUCCAACAAUGACUAAUCACUUCGUUCUACAUGCCUCUGCAAGGUUAGAUUCAGUUCCCCCAAUCCAGGUCCAGGACAAAUGCCUAGGCCCCCCCAACUCAUACAGUGAUCGGUGGCAGCGCUGGGUUUCCAGUCCAGGCCCCCUUCCUGCUGCCCGGCCCUGGCUCACACGGGUCACUGGGCGUCACCGGGCAGCUGCCCUGACACCGACCCCUGUCCUCCACAGGUUCGAGCUCGGCCCUGGCGAGGUGCACCGGCAGCGACGCAAUCUGCUGCGCCGCGCCUGCAGCCGCUACACCCUACGCGCGGCCCUACAGCGCGCCUUCCAGCGGCUUUACGGCACGCAUGUGCGGCGCCUGCGCCCGCGCCCGCACCCCGACGCGCUGGCCCGCGGCCACGACGUGCGCUUCGCCGAGUUCCUAGCCUACCUGCUGGACCCGCGCACGCGCCGCGACGAGCCCUUCAAUGAGCACUGGGAGCGCGCCCACGCGCUCUGCCACCCGUGCCGCCUGCGCUACGACGUCGUGGGCAAGUUCGAGACCCUGGCGGAGGACGCGGCCUUCGUGCUGAGCCUGGUGGGCGCGCCAGGCCUGCGCUUCCCCGCGCCACCGCCCCGGGCCAAGGCAGCCGCGGCCCAGGACCAGGCCCGGCGCCUCUUUCAGGACAUCAGCCCCUUCUAUCAGCGGCGCCUCUUUGACCUCUACAAGAUGGACUUCCUGCUCUUCAACUACUCCGCCCCCUCCUACCUGCGGCUGCACUAGCCUGCGGUGCUCCCCACGGGGCCUGGUGCACUGCAGAGGCUCCGAGGCCAGGGAUGGGGGCCCGAGAAGGGGAGUUUUUGACAACCGGUGCACUGGGCCGACAUCACACCGGGGCGGUUUCGGGUGCAGCCCACCUCAGCUGCUGUACAACUGUGUGCCUGUCCCCUGUCGUGCCUGUCGCUUGAUGUUGCUUCAGUUAGUAACUGCUCUAGCUGGCGUGGGUGAGGAUUGGAUAGUAGCGUUUUAAGUUGCAAAGAGGCCGUUUUUGUCAGCUCUGUCCCUGAACUUGUCCAUGGUGUAACAGAGCAGAACGCUGGCUCAAGGCAGCCUGUGCCAUCCUAAUUCCCUCCCCACUUCACCUGCUCUGGCAAGGACCGCCCUGGCCAAGGAGAGAAGCCCUCCCCUGCAGGACUCAGGCUGGGGCCAUCCUUGUCCACGGGCCGGGCACAGGAGUCAGCUGUGAGCCGCCUUCACUCUGCCUGUCACAGAGCAGGGCCACCUUUCCUGUUGCUGGCCCUGCCCUGGCCCCACCCUUGGUCUUAGUCUGGCCAGAUGCUAGGUUGCCUCUGUGUGCCCACAGAGUCCAGGGUGCAAUAUGAUGGCAGGUUUUAUAGGACUUUGGUGAUCUGGGGAGUUCAUGUUAUUGAAAUAAAUGAGUUUUGUUACUGACA